AUGUCUUUAAUGCUAAAUAACUUUUUGUUUAUUCCAGCCAGAGAUGAGUUUACUUCGCACUUCAAGAAUAAAAAACAAACGACAAGUCAUCAUUUGGAACAAGAUUUUUUUUCUUUAAUGUCGUUGAGUAAACCCUUCAACAACAGUAUGUCUGAAUACAUUUCAAAGCAUUUCAAAACUGCAUAA